UGGCCAAAAGUUGCUGCGUUGACUGCGUUGUUUACUUGUAAAAUUGUAAUUUCUUUAUAAACUCUUGAUUGCGCAGUCUAUUUUACAUUUUCAUAAACUUAAUCAUUAAAAUACAACGCACAAUAUCAUGCAGGAUGGUAAGUAGUUCAAAUUUAGUGAUUAUAUUAUGUCAAUUUAUUUCCGUCGGGACCAAACAAAUUUCCCUCGCAAAACUAAUAUUGCAGAUCUGGAAGUCACUGGUAUAUCGCGCAGCGGCAGAGUUAGGAAGAAGAGCUCCAAACUUAUGGAUUUUGAGUCUCCUGACGACAUAGAGACCAGGUUUCGGAGACAAACUCCCGUUAAGGCUAUUGCGGGAUUUCGUCAGGAGGACACACCCGAUUUCGCUAUUCAGGAAGCUCCAAGGCCGGCAGAAGAAGCUGGCACGGCAUCAGGGAGUGAGUCUGAUUACUAUGAGAAUAAUGGAGACAACCAAGACAGCAUUGAAUCUGAUAGUUCAGUAUCAGAUGAAGGUUCUACUCGAACUCCGGCAAACUCAUUAUACAUGAUGGAGAAAAGUACAAAGAAGAAGCUGAUUGUGAAAGACGGUCGGGUUGUCGGAAAAGCCAAAGCUCAGAGAAAAGAUAAAGGAAAGACCCGUAUUACCGCUUACAUGCUGUGGGCGAAAGAGGCCCGCAAUGAGAUACUGCGCAAACACCCAGACAUGGAUUUCUCAGCUAUAUCUAAAAGGCUUGGAGAAAUGUGGGCUAACGUAAAUUACAACGAGCGUUAUCUAUGGAAGCGUAAAGCGAAGAGGUUUGCUAUGCGCAAGGAGAAUCAAAUCGGGCAGCCGCAAGUCAGCAAGAUCAUAUCCAAUCCAAGUGUUCGCCCCACGAAUCCAGGCCCCGGUAGACCUCCAGCUAACAGGGCUGUGGCCAAACAAUCUACGUCACCACCUCAACAAGCGCUGGUGCCGGUAUCUCCCGGUGCAAAUGCGGGGGCCAUCGCGGGUGUAGGGAAUACGGGGGCCGCAGCAGGCCGGGGCAGCGGCUGCGGGCCCGCAGAUAUAGCCGCACAUCUGCGCCUGCUGGGGGAGAGCCUGGCCAUCAUCGGGGAACGACUCAAGGAACAUGAGGGCCAGAUUGCAGUGUCAGGGUCAGUGUCGGUGCUUCUGGACACUCUGCUAUGCGCUUUGGGCCCACUGCUGGGCGUGGCCCGCGCCCUGCCAGACAUCGCGCCGCCCCCGAGACUGCUGCGAGACACUCUGCACAACGUCGCAUACAUCAUGCCUGGACUCUAAACUCUUAACUCAUCGAUAGUGUACGAUACAACAUACGGCACGGGUAUUCUACGCCAUAUCGACAAUAAGGCAUUCUGUCUCGAUACAUUUUCGAGUCCCGGGAAAAGUCUCGAGACUCGGACCGGUCCCGGGAUUCCCGGGAAAAACGAGACUUUCGAGACUUUGAUACUAAGUUUCAUACUCAAGGUUUAUAUAAUUAGGCAAUUAAUACAAUAUGUUUCAAUUGAGUACUUUAAUAAUCAACUAUUAAGAUAUAAUCAAAUAUAUAAGUAAAAUUAACAUAUUUCUUUUUUAUAAUAGGCACGCAGAAAGCGAAGGGCAUUCACAGUGAUGUGAGCAUUAGAAAAAGCUUUCUCUGCUUCCACGCUAGUAGGGAGGAUGGAUAACAAAUAAUUAUAGCACUCGAUUUAAAUCCUUUUCUCUGUCGGCACCAACUAUUGUGCUAAGGAACACAUCGUAGCUAUAUAAUUCAGACUUUUUAUAAAGAAACAAUAAGUGAAGUUGUGAACGUAGAGUCCUUUUCAUGAAAGAAGUCCCCCAGACGCAGCGCUGUAUUCGCGCGACAUAAUGUUGCCAGUUAUGGGGAAAAAAUAUACAUAUUUCCCGAAUAAGUAUUUAGGUAGAGUCCUUUUCAUGAAAGAAGUCAUGUUACGAACCUGAAUACAACCUCAACCACAACCUCCUUUUUUACCUUAAGGUUGAUUUUGAUACAUACGUUGUCAUAGUGAUAUUUUGAUUGAUUAUAAUUUUAAAACCUAUGUUAAACAAAAUACAAGAAAAUACUGAAAAUUAUUCUUUUAUUCAAUAUAAUCAACACCUACAAUGUCGAGUAUCAAAAGUAAAAUGCAGCAAUGGCUUCGAGAAAAGUCUUUUAUUCAAUAUAAUCAACACCUACAAUGUCGAGUAUCAAAAGUAAAAUGCAGGAAUGGCUUCGAGAAAAGGGAGUAUAUUUUGAAGACACCUGGACAAAAGCUGUGCUGCUUGAGCUAAUCAAACAAAAUAAAGGUCCACCAACAUAUACUGUGGAUGAAUUAUUGAAAGCUUACAACCAUAAAGUGCUUAAAUUGCCGCCUUACCACUGCGACCUUAACCCGAUUGAAAAAAUCUGGAGCCUUUUAAAAAGAAAGGUGGCAGAUAAGAACGUGGCCCAAAAUCCAAAAGAAAUAGUAAGAAUAACUGAAGAGGCCUUUGAGUCUAUUACGGAGGAAGAUUGGACAGCUCAGUGCAAGCAUGUGGAACAUUUGGAGGAGCAAUAUUUAAAAAAUGCCGGCCUUAUGGAUGAAGAAAUGGACCGAAUGAUCAUAUCAACGGCUAGUGAUAGUGAAACAGAAUCUGAUUCUGUUUCCAUCCAUUCUUCGGACAGUGAUAUUAGUAUGACCGCUGAUCAUAACUAUUCAACUAUAUAAAUUUAUUCAAAGUUUUAAUGAUCCAUCGACUCGCCGAUGACUCUGAGAUGAACAUUCCUGGCUCCUCCUCACUUUGCCAACAACUUUUUGUAUGAUAAGUAUUGUGUAUAUAGGUCUCAUCUAAGUAUACGAUAGGUCUUUUUUCCACAGUGCGAUUUCUUCGUAUUUUAUCCAAAUAUCUUGCACGCCAUGCGGUAAUUUCAUGACGUUCCAUAAGUAGUUUACGUUUGGAUUGGCAUCGCUUGUACUUGAAACCAAUCCUAUUUAAUAUUCUGUGCAAUGUUGUAAUGCUUCCCUGAAAAUUGAUGUCUUCUUUCAAAGCGGCCCGUAAUUUACCCAAUGUAGGUAAUUCCUUCUUCACAACAUAAAAACUGUGAAUUUUUUGCCGGAUGGCGCACAAAUCGAACCCAUCCAAGUCGAACUUUUUCGGAUGCGGGCGACUCUUCCCCGGGGUGACAAUUUUUUUCGAAGAACUCGCCGCUGUGAUACCUUCUUUUGUGAUUCUUGUUACAGUUUUCUCUGACACACCUGCAAUUAAAUUAUGAACAAUUUAUAAUAAUAAGUAAUUAUAAGUUUAAAAUACCUAUUUUAUUUCGUUAUUAUUAUAUGUAUAGAUUACAUUUUUAAAUUUAAGUUACCCAGCUUCAUCACGUGUUAUUUACUUGUUAAAAUUUGUCUUUGAAAUAAAAAAAAGUUCAUAUAAUAAAACUCCAAUCAAUACGGCAAUAAUUCAUAAUAUGGCAACUCAAAAAAAGUACCUGUUAUGGCGGCGACUCUCUUGCGAACAUUGUUUAGUGGUAUUAGAACACCUUGGUUCUUUUGUUCCGCUUCACAGAACUCUUUCACUUUUAGUAUCAUUUCUCGAGCCGAACUUUUUACAACUUUUGGCAUUGUGAACACACCAAAAAACGCACUUAUUGAAUUAAAAACUUACAAAAAUCUACCACAACAAACGAACUUUAUAACAUCGAUGAACGACAACAUGGCCGAUCUGUCAAAUUUAGUUCCACAAAUCACCGCGGGACUUCUUUCAUGAAAAGGACUCUAU